UGUGAAUGGGAAUCCUACUGAUUGCUGUUGGCAACCAUGUUGGUGUGCUUAAGAAUCUUUGAUUUGCCGCCAAAAGAGCCGCGGGGUGCAAGUGAAAUACAGUAAUUCAAAGUGUCUAGUGCGUAAAAGGCGGCCCUGCCCUGUUGAAGAUGGAGACGAAUACAGAUAAUACAGCUGUCGAGAAGAAGGAAGAAGAUAUGAGCCCCAAGGAAAAGGCGUUUAUGCUUCUUGCUCAGGGCAAAAGGCAUUACCUCGUUAAAGAUUACUUCGAAGCAGUGGGAUGUCUGGCAACUGCGUGUGAACUAUUGGCUGAAGUGUAUGGUGAAGCUGCAAAUGAGUGUGGAGAUGCCUAUUUCAGUUACGGAAAAGCGUUACUCGGCCUCGCAAGAGAAGAGAACGGUGUGCUAGGCGAUGCUGUUGAAGAACGUGACGAUGAAGAGGAAGAGAACGAGCAGGAGGAACAAGAAGCUGGUGCGGAAGAUAAUUGUGAGAAGGAGGAAGCUGCAAAACAUGAAAAUGAGAAAGUAGAAGAUACUGCUGCGGAUAAUGCUCCCACUGGAGAUAGCGAACCUGUUGGUAGCGAGGAUAAUGUAGAGGUUGAUGGUGAGAAAGAUGACGAUGAUGAUGCUGAGACAGUGAGUAAUCUGAAAUUGGCGUGGGAAAUGUUGGAACUCGUGAAAAUUAUUUUUCAGAGACAAGCUGACAACGACCAAAACAUUAAACUUAAACUUGCAGAAGUACACAUGUAUUUGGGCGAGAUUGGUUUAGAAUCUGAAAACUAUACUUCAGCUAUAGAAGAUAUAAAUAGAUGUUUAGAAAUUAGAAAGAAACUUCUCAAAACCGAUGAUAGGUGUGUAGCGGAAACAUUGUACCAGCUAGGCUUAGCUCAUUCACUUGCAAGCAAUUUCGACGAAUCUAUAAAGUACUUUUCCGAAGCUGUUGAGGUGCUGGAAGAAAGAAUUAAAAUCCUGGAGCAGAGAAAGGACAGUGGCAGUGAAGUGGCGGAAGAAUCCAAAUCUGAUGCAUUUUAUACUAUAGACGGUGAAAUCACAGAAAUAAAGGCUUUACUGCCUGAGAUUAAAGACAAAAUUCAGGAUAUGAAAGACUUCAAAAAUGAAACAUUGAAGGCGAUGUUUGAGAAGCGCUGUGAAGAUCAGCAGGGAAGUUCUGGUCAGGCUGGUACUUCGUCUGCAUCGUUAUCAACAUCAGCUUCAUCCACUGAAUCAAAGCCGGUGUCCAAUAUCACCCAUUUAGUGAGGAAGAAGCGUAAGUUGGACUUGGAUAUGUCAGAUAGUAAAAGGAGUAAAACAGAACCUGAGCAAGAUCUAGUGUAAUCCACGUUAAUUUGAAGAGACUCCAAUCCCUGUUAUUGCCAUACCGAGUAGAGGACUGUACAUCACGUAAUGCACAAAACGAAAUCAGCAUUUGACCUUACGAUUAUUGAAACAUUCUUAGGACUGAAAUUCAAAUGCUGGUUUAACUUUUUUUUUGGUGCGAAAUACGUAUGGUACUGUAUUUUUGUUCAAAACAAAGAACAUUGGUUACUCUCUGUCAAGACGUGGGUUAAAUAUGGCACAUAUUUGUUAAAAUUGUAAUUUAAAGGAAAGUGAUUGUCUUGGCAGUUGGGUUAUAUGUAGUAGAUUGGAUGACUUAAAUGUUUAUAGAACUUAACAUUACAUUCAGAAUGUUUGGUGAGUUAGUAAACAGAUCUAGGACUCUAUUAAUUGUAUCUUGCCAAGAGGUGAAGUUUAUUUUAAUGUCAGUGUAGAUCAUAAUUUAAUCAUAUCCAAGAUCACAUGUUGACUAUCUGCAUACUGUAAGCUUACAUAGUGAAACUGAUAUGAGCAGACUGACAAAAAUCUCAUCCCUAGGAAUAGUCUACAUCAAAUGGGCAUUGCAUUCAUAGGUCUAGUACUUUUACUUCACAAUAUCAGCACUUUCUAAGUGCAUCUCUUUACUAACUAGGGUGAUUACAGACAGAAUUUUGAUAUUAUUUUCUGUGAAGAAGUUGAGUGUGUAUUUAUUUUCAUAAGGUGUGUGUGUGUGUGUGUGUGUGUGUGUGUGUGUGUGUGUGUGUUUAGACAUUUCAUUGGUAUUUGACUGACUGAAGAAACUUGUCAGGUCUCGUGCAUGUUAACUUCAUGAGAAACCCAAAUUUGAUGAAAACAUAUGAAAUGUACUUUUUUAAUGGGCAAAUAAAGCUAAUUUGUAAACCUUU